AUCCAUUAUUAACUGCAGAACGGCAGCGGCUUCUUGGGAACACUCUUUAGUUUAAUAUGAGAACCCCUGUCAGCAGAAAACAGCGCCGAUAUUGUUGUUAAGUGUGACGGACUGGCGAGUGCAAUGGGCACCACGCUGGAACAAUGCAAGCUGCUGAUUUCCAUGGAGGAGGCGAUGUUCAAGGGCGAGGCCAAGGCGGACGGCGAGCGGCUGCUGAGGAAGGUUCGGUUCCGCGUGGCGUCCUCGCACAGCGGGCGGGUGCUGAAGGAGGUGUACGCAGAUGGCGAGGCCGCUGACUCGCUGGACUCCGAGUACGCCAGCAGCUCCGAGACCGAGCAGACCAGCCGGCUGAGCGAGGUGGACGGGCCGCACAACGGGCACGCGGGGUCGGAGUGCGAUGAGAACGACAAUGAGCAGGACGACUUGCUCAUUCUGGUCAGAGCCACUAAAGAGAAGGGGUUUGGUACAAAGCGAGUCAACAUCCUCAGCAAAAAUGGCACAGUCAGGGGAGUCAAGCAUAAAGUCAGCGCCGGUCAAGCCCUUUUUGACAAUUUGGCAAAAGUAUUUCAGGUCUCAGCAGUCCCAGAGUUUGGCCGCAUAGUAAUUUAUACUACCAGUCUUCGUGUGGUGAGAACCACUUUUGAAAGAUGCGAACUGGUUAGAAAGAUAUUUCAAAAUCACAGAGUGAAGUUUGAAGAAAAAAACAUUGCUCUGAACAGUGAUUAUGGAAAAGAACUAGAUGAAAGAUGCAGAAGCGUCUGUGAGGUUCCCUCACUCCCUGUUGUGUUUAUUGAUGGCCAUUAUCUUGGGGGUGCUGAGAAAAUUUUACUAAUGAAUGAAUCUGGGGAACUGCAGGAUCUCUUAACCAAAAUUGAGAGAGUGCAGCUUCCUCAGGAGUGCUUCUCUUGUGGGGGCUUUGGUUUCCUGCCGUGCUCAGCGUGCCAUGGGAGCAAGAUGUCCGUGCUCCGGAACUGCUUUACGGACUCCUUCAAGGCCCUCAAGUGCACUGCCUGCAACGAGAACGGGCUCCAGCGCUGCAGGAGCUGUGCAGGCUGAGAAUGGCACCUCCACAUGUAUAAACUAAUUUUAUGGUACUGCAUCAGUUUGUAAUAUGUGGGGUUUU